AUGAAUCUGAUGUUCCUGCAGCAUGGGUUAGAGAAGGAGGAGCCAGAGGCAAGGAAACAAGAAGUUAACAAGCUUGGAAGUUCUGGAGCUCCUGAGGAUGGGUCUCAUCCAGAGCACAGUGUGGGCACUCUCCACACAAACAGACCUAAAAAGUCAGAGCUGCAGGCCAACAGCAGUGGCAAAGAAAUCAGGGAUAGCUGCCUAAAUUACCAUGACAAAGAUUGGUUUCUGAGGAGCGAAGAAGAUACAAAUCUUUGCAGUUACCACUCAAACCACAACACUAUCAUUCAGGGGCCACCUUCUACUGCUAAUGACUUGCUGAGCAAAGGCCGGAGCCCCAGAAGGAAACAAAUACAGACUCUGAGCAAAGCUGCCCUCAUCCCGAGUGGCCCGCUGGCCCCCCGGGGGGCCGGGUGCUUGGCAAUGAGCCCCGUGCUGUCAGUGUUCCUGAGGGAGCUCCCCGGCUGGCUCCUGUUCGCUGGGGUCUUCCUGCCUGUGACUUUGCUGCUCCUCCUCCUCAUCGCCUACUUCAGGACCAAACUGAUGGAGGUGAAUGAAGAAUUGUCCCAGACCACCAGUCAUCACCAAUACAAACGCAGGGCUGGCUCUUCCCAGUACCAGAGAACGAAACGAAGGUGACUUGGGGACCGGUCAAUGGCUAAAACACAGUGAAUUUUUACUGGUCAGCGGCUUAGCUAAUAAAGUAAGUUAAUAAACUCGAACAACAGCAAAAAUAGAAAGAAUACUAAGAGGCUUGUUCUUAACCACAUUGAAAAGUGGCAGCUAUUAUCCAGGGGGACAUCCACGAGACUCAGUCAAUAGCAGUUCAUCGGAGAGUACAAAGAAUAUGAUUUGCUUGGACGUCGAGUGGACACUGCAAUUUUUUACCUUUUAUAGGACUAGGUCCACUCUGAUGGGCACUCUUUUUCAUUUUUUAAAAUGUUUUUAUUUAUUUCUGAGACAGAGAGACAGAACACGAGUGUGGGAGGGGCAGAGAGAGAAGGAGACACGGAAUCUGAAGCAGGUUCCAGGAUCUGAACUGUC